UUAGAGGAAGACUUAGAUGAUACUUUUGCGGUUGAUAUGCGAAGAUCGGACGAAAGAGUGGAUUUUAAGAAAUUUCACUUUUUUUAAAUAUGAUCAGCCAGCUAUUUAGUUUCCCCUUUAGUCAUUAACUUGUGGCGAGCCGACAACACAACUAACAGCGGUAAUUACGACUUUGGCUUGCCUGGUGUACAAUUAACUUCAAGUCGACUGUUAUUGGGGUUUAACAUUAACCACCGGUCUCACGCCUUUGAAAAUGAAUUUGUGCAGAUCAAAAGAUAACCAAGAAGCCAAGGAGAGGCAGUUGAGGACAAAUGACCAUGAGUAUAAUGCACAAUUCCAAUAUGUCAACAAUUACAUCAGGACAUCGAAAUACAGUAUUCUCACCUUUCUUCCCCUCAACUUAUUUGAGCAAUUCCGCAGGGUUGCUAAUCUUUAUUUCAUUAUGCAGAUCAUUAUCAUGUCUAUCCCAAAAAUCACUGCAUUGAGUCCAGAAGCUACAGCUGUACCUCUCAUUUGUGUUUUGGCAGCAACAGGAGUGAAAGAUGGUGCAGAUGACAUUAAACGGCAUAAAAGUGAUAAAGCAGUCAAUAACAGAAAAGCAAAGGUUCUCACUGACAGUGGGCCGAAGGAAGAAAAUUGGAUGGAUCUUCAAGUUGGUCAAGUUCUUCGAAUUGACAACAAUGAGCAAAUCCCUGCUGAUGUAGUUGUGCUCACCACAAGUGAAGAGAAUGGAUUGUGUUACAUUGAGACAGCUGAGCUAGAUGGGGAGACCAACCUGAAGUGUCGUCAACCUCUUCCUGAAACUGGAGAGCUUGGUGAUGAUGAACAGCAACUCUCAAAAGUGCAAAUGGAAAUUACAUGUGAUCCACCAAACAACAGGCUGGAAAAACUUCAGGGAAGGUUGAUGUAUGAUGGAAAUAAUUAUCCUCUGGACAAUGAAAAUGUCAUCUUGAGGGGCUGUGUGCUGCGCAAUACCAAAUGGGUAUAUGGUGUGGUGAUAUAUGCUGGCCAUGAUACUAAACUCAUGAUGAACACUGGGGUGAGUAAAUUCAAAAGAACAGGUUUGGACAAGCUUACCAACAGUCUGAUCUUGUGGAUUGCAGCUAUGUUAGGAAUCAUUUGCACUCUCUGCUCCAUUGCAACAACAAUAUGGGAGGAAUUAUACGGAAAGGAUUUCCAAGUAUAUCUACCAUGGGAGAGUUUCUAUAAGGACAGUGUUGUUAUCAUUGGCAUCGUCCACUGGCCAUCUUUUGUCAUGGUUUUGAACACACUCAUUCCUAUUUCACUGUAUAUCAGUGUGGAAGUGAUUCGCCUCGGUCAAAGUUUAUGGAUCAAUUGGGACUGCAGUAUGUAUUACGAGAUCAAGGACACUCCAGCUGUGGCAAGAACAACCACCCUAAGUGAGGAACUUGGACAAAUUGAAUACAUCUUUUCUGAUAAGACUGGAACACUGACGCAGAAUAUUAUGACAUUUAAGAAAUGUUCCAUAAAUGGUAGACUCUAUGAAACCGAAAUUGAUCGUUCUGUAAUUGCGGCAGGAGAGCCUCCUGAACGAUCUUCUUCUGGCAAACGGCACCCCUCUAUGCACAUGGCGCACAACUCUUGCCAGUUUCAUAGCUGCUUCUUUGAUUGUCCACUGCACGACACUUCUCGACGUCACAUAGAAGGUGAGAGUGCAGGAAAUCCUGAGGAAACUCUUGUCAGCUCUGUAUCCAUCAGAGAAGAAGGGGCACCAGAUGUGGACUUAUCCAACAAUCCUUACGCUGAUGGAAAAUUUAAAUUUCAUGACCGGGCUUUGCCGGAUGAAAUAAACCUAGGAAACAAGGAGUGCCAUGAACUGUUUCGGUUAUUAGCCGUCUGUCACACGGUUAUGGUGGAACGAGGCAAUGGUAAUUUGGAAUAUCAAGCCCAGUCUCCCGACGAAGCAGCUCUUGUGACGGCUGCAAGAAACCUUGGAUUCACCUUUUUGGAACGUUCACCGACCACGAUUACGAUUGAUGUAUUAAAGCAGGAGGAGAUCUAUGAGUUACUUGCCAUUUUAGAUUUCAACAAUGAACGAAAACGAAUGUCGGUUAUUGUUCGACGAAACGACCAAAUAAAGCUCUACUGUAAAGGCGCUGAUACCAUUGUGUACGAACUUCUAGACAAUUCCUGCAAACCUCUCAUGACGAAAACAAUGCAGCAUUUGAACGUCUUUGCAGCGGAAGGUUUGCGUACGCUGGUAACAGCUUACAAAGACAUACCACUUGACGUGUACAAGGAGUGGGAGGUCCGGUACAAGGAGGCGAGUAUGGCCAUGGAAAAUAGGGAUGAGCUUGUUCAAAAGGUCUAUGAGGACAUUGAGCAGAACUUAAUACUGAUUGGUGCAACGGCAAUUGAGGAUAAACUUCAAGAUGAUGUCCCGGAUACGAUCGCAACUCUAGCUGAGGCAAAUAUUAAGAUUUGGGUUUUGACCGGUGAUAAAGUAGAAACAGCCAUCAAUAUUGGGUACUCGUGUCAUCUGCUCACCGAUGAUAUGACCGAAGUGUUUACAAUCGAUGGAGAAUCUUUAGAGUCUGUUCAAAGGGCGAUUUCCGAAUGUAAAAACAAAAUUAAGGGCGGAGCAGUGGUAGGAGCACCUAUCUCUCGAUUGCAAAGUAAAGAAAACAGCCUCAAGGAUGUAAAAGUUGAAGUGAUAUCGUACAAGGAUAACUAUAUGGGCGAGAAAUCAGCCACUGUACAGACGCCCAAAAAGGAACAAACCUUUGGACUGGUUAUUCCUGGAAAAAGUUUAGCUUUUGCUCUUCAUGAAAGUUUAGAGAAAGAAUUCCUGGAGUUGGCUUGCCUUUGUAAAGCGGUUAUUUGUUGUAGAGUCACGCCACUUCAAAAGGCCCUGGUUGUACAGUUAGUCAAAGACAAUCUUCAAGCUGUGACCUUAGCUAUUGGAGAUGGAGCCAAUGACGUUAGUAUGAUUAAAGCUGCUCAUAUAGGUGUUGGAAUAAGCGGUCAAGAAGGAAUGCAAGCCGUGCUGGCGAGUGACUUCUCCUUCGCACAAUUUAAGUAUCUUCAGCGACUUCUCUUAGUCCACGGACGAUGGUCUUACUUUCGAAUGAGUAAAUUUUUAAACUAUUUUUUCUACAAGAAUUUUGCAUUUACGCUUUGUCAACUAUGGUACGCUUUUUAUACUGGAUUUUCUGCUCAGACGCUGUAUGAUGCAUGGUUCAUCUCAUUUUAUAACGUGUUUUUUACCUCCGCGCCAGUCGUGUUUUUAGCGGUUCUUGAUCAGGACGUCUCAGAGAACGGCUGCUCCAAGUAUCCUCGAUUGUACGUUCCUGGCCAGACUAACCUACUGUUCAACAAGAAAAUCUUCUUUCUCAGCCUGUUGUACGGGGCUCUCACAUCGUUGGCAAUCUUCUUUUUGUCGUACGGUGCGUUCCACGAUGAUAUAGCGAAUGAUGGCUUAGAGACGUCAUCUGUGUAUUUCUUCGGUACGGUGGUCGCCGCUGUACUGGUAGUGGUAGUCAAUAUUGAGAUCUCGUUUCUUACGCAGUACUGGACCUGGAUUAAUCAUUUUUUUAUCUGGGGAAGCAUCCUGUUUUACUUCGUUUUCUACUUCGCCUUUUACGCCAAGUUCGUCUUCGACCUUUUCCCUCAGGGCCACUAUUAUGGUAUGCAGUUUGAGGUGUACGGUAAUCCGAAAUUCUGGUUUACCUUGUUCCUUGUUCUUGCUGUGACAAUAGCACCUCGUUUGUCGUACUACUUCCUUGAAAAUGAAUUGAAACCCACACUCAGCGACACUGUGAGGCGAAAAGAAACACACAAAAGAAUGCGCUUUACUUCCCCACUGGUAGAAUAUGAGCCUCAGCUGGUUCGUAGGCGAAGCUCGAAACGUUCAAGUUACGCCUUCGCUCAUCAAGAAGGAUUUGGCAAAAUUGUUAUGUCACCGGCAACAUUUUUAAGGAAAAAACUACGUUCAACAACUCAGCCAGCCGGCGAAAGUAGUGUAGUUGCUAUGUAAUUCAAUAUAUAUCACUGCAUCGAUUCUCUUUUUAUUUUCUUAGUUAUUUUUGUAAUACAUCGUCAGACAUACACGAAAGACUUAAUUGUGAAUUUUGAAUGUAAGAGCGAUCCAAGGAAAUUUGGCGGUUAAGGGAGCAAUUUUCUAUUUUUAUCCUUAACGUAAUAUAUGUGCCGUAGCAUCGCCCUCCUCUAUGAAAAAUGCUCUUACGAAACGUAGAUUAUACACAACGACUUAUUGAGUUUUUGUUAUGGUUAACACUUGCUCAUAGCUUAUUCUUGAAGCGAAGAAAACGCCUACAGUGCUUCAGAGUAGAGCAUCUUGUCUUCAUUCCAUGUCUACCGACCUACACUGAUUUACUCAACACUGUUAUUGGAAAGCAUUUUUUAAAUUUAACGUGUUAUCUUCUAGUUAGACCAAGAUGUAAUUGGUACUUUGAAAAUUUUUUACGAGAAUCAAGGUUACAUAGAUGCGAAAAAGGCUAUGUAAUUUUAAUGCUAGUGAGUUUGAUUAAUUACAAUUACGUUUCAAGGCUACGCCUAAUUUAUUGCCCUGUCGGUUUUUCGAUGAAACAAAAAAUAUUUUUGAUUCAACUUGAGCGGGAGUAAAAUUGAAUGGGUAGUUCUUUUUCAGAUUCAUCUCUAUUUACCUCGUAAACGGCAAUUUUUAUUGUUUUUGAUGGCAUUACGACUUACAUUUUACACGAAGGCCACACGAUGCAUAGUUUGGCAGAUUAUAUUGAGUCGUGCGGAGAUGUUUACUUCCUACUGUAUUUCGUCACAAAUGCCUAAGAGUUUACCAACUCUGCGUUUCAAAAUAUUUUUAAAAUCUCAGUUUCAUUUCACGUUAUUGUGCCGAAAACACGCAUGCCUUGGAGAAGCCUCCAGUGUGUGCAAUCACACUUGCCAGUGAUAAGCCAUUCCUGAGCAGGCUUAGCCGUCGUCCAUUUUAUUUUUAAUAUAGGCACUCAUCUCGAUCCUAGGGCUCUUCUCUGUUGUCCAUAACAUGCGCAAUAGAAAAAAUGAGCUGGGUUCGAGAUGAGGAAUAGUUACUCUUAUAUGUUACUUGCGUAACUCACUAAGUUAAGAGAAAAACAGCCAUAAAGUAUAUGACGAGUGUCUUAACAGACAGUCGACUACUUAGUCCGUCAGUACAAGUUUAAAUUAAUGCAUUUUAGCUGAUGCGAAGAUUUUCCACAUUAUUUGGUUUUGAAGAAGAAAACCUUAUCCGUGUAAAAUUGUGAUUUUAGGACUUCUUUUUAGAUUAAAAUU